GAUCCGAAAUCCAGAUUAUCAGAAGGCCACCCAUCCCAAGAUUUGGGCAGCUUGGUGUGUCGUUUUGUCAGGUGUGGCAGGCAUGCUGUGCCUGACGCUUGCAGUUCUAUUCCUGCUGUUCACGAUGGAGUUGAAGUUUCUCCUGAUUUACGAGUGGGGCGACUGCUACAAGUUGGGUUGCCGCGAUCCAUCGUUCAAGCAUGGGUUCGCUGGCACGCUAUCCAUGAUAGCAUGUGAUAUCCUGAUGGCCUUGCUGAUAGCGGUUGCCACGGGCGAGCUCUGCAAAGCGUUUGCAAGACAAAUCGCCAAGAAUUGGAAUUUCCACAGCAUGAUUCUCCGACUGUUUGUAGAGCACUUCAUGGCCAUCAGCAUUGACAUGGUUGCUACAAUUGGAGUCUUUGCUUACCUGGCCUUUUCUUUCCUGCCUGAGUGGGAAGAAACGCCGGAAACUGAAUGGUGGGACUCCGCUGGCUGCGUAGACUUCUGGGAUUUCCAGGUCUGCCAAGCCCUGCGCAGUUGUGCUCCCGAUGAUCCGGUUUGUUGUGCUGGCACUCUCUUCUGCGCAAGAUCAAAGCUAAGUUUUCACCAGAGAUGGGACCUCUUCGAGGCGUGGUUGGGCGGACUCUUCGUCGUCGCUCCAUUUGUGGAGGUUCUCAUGGAGUUUAUCGUUCCACUGGUCGCCUAUGUGAUAUAUGCACAAGUUCAGAUAUCUCGCGGAGGGUCAGAUGCAGAGGAAGAUCGAAAGCGAGCUGGAGCAUGCUGCUGCCGUUGCCUUCAAGGACUUGGACGGCUUCUGGCUUUCAUCUUCUUGUUGGAUGGAGGUGUGCUGGGCUUACGCUACAUUUUCGAAGGAUUUCCAUUCCGACCGCCGAAGAUCAUUGAACAGAUGACCUCCAAGGCGUUCGGCCCACUCUGCCUGGUCUGCAGCAGGGAAAUGGAAUGGACCGGCGCGGAAACCAGCGACGGUCGGGGCUGGACUUGUCGACAUCAUGAUGUAUGUCGGUCUAGCAGUGAAAACAAGGGUCCAUACCGGUGGCACUGCAAAAAAUGCCACAUAGACAUUUGUGAAGACUGCCAUCCACAAGGGGCCACAAUGGUCUACGGGCUGUUUGGGCCUCUAGACCAACGACUGCUACGCCAGAUGGAGCCUUUGUCAGAACUGAAACUGGUGAAAAUGAAUUUCUUGAUCUUGGUCAUGUUUGCUCCGAUGAAUCCCAUUGGGCUGAUUCCUCAGAUGUUUGCACGCCAGUUGGACCUGCGCUCUCGGCUACCCAAGCUGCUCAUGGUGAGACGGCGGAACUUUCCUGAUGACAACCGCCUGGCCCACACCAGCCAGACGAUGUUCUGUCUCUUGAUCCUGCCACUCGUAUCGAUCUGGCACACAGGUCUGACACUCGUGUCUGCAAAUCCCGAGUUGCACAUGCGGCAAAGCGAGAUACUAUUCGCUUGGCUCAGUGCCGCUCUCGCGGUGGCCUUGUUGGCUUUGCUUGGCCAGUGGCUGAUCGCUCGCUGUCACUUCGGCAAAACGCCGCCUCAUGGCGAGUUAAAGGUCCCGGCUUCGCGAGUCCUGGGCAAAGAGGAUCAAGAUGUGACGUCGCCGCAACAACGCGGCCCAAGCUUUGUACAUCUGUCUCCCGACCCCGACUAUAUCUCUUGA